AUGAACAGCACUGCAAACCUGACGAUCCGGACAGAAACCAACUUGACAAUGGACUCGUACAUCUUCUACCUCAGUGCUGACAGGUUCAUUAGUCGGCAGAGUCGGAGAGUCGUUGAGAUCGUUUGUUAUGGCGGACUCACAUCUCUCCUGUGUUGUGUUGGUGUUGUAGUCAACGUCCUCAGCUGCCUGGUCUUCUGGCGCCAGGGGCUGAAGGACCAUAUGAACCUCUGUCUCUUCUGUCUGGCCCUCACCGACUGUUCUUAUCUGCUCUCUACCUUUACAGUCCUCUCUCUGACAGAGCUGCUGCGCCUCUGUGAUGAGGCCAUUGGAGAAAAAUUUUACGUCUUAGCUUUUACCUACGUCGGCAGUGUGUUGUACGGCUUCCGGUCGGCAUCUGAGUGGAUGGAGGCGGUGAUCGCGGUGGAGAGAUGCGUGUGUGUGGUGUUUCCACUGCGGGCUUCCACCAUCUUGUCACCACAAAACCCUGUUGGCACUGUGUGCUGUCAGUCUGACAUGACAAACCACACCAUCGUUCCUCUAGAGGGCGCCACAGACCAGACGACAGUUGCCGCUCCCUCACUCAAUGGCACUGGUGACGUCAUCGGCAAGCAGCAGCUGCUGGAGACGGUUGUGAACACCGGCGUGACGUCACUGAUUUGCGUGGUCAGUGUCGCCGGAAAUGUCGUCAACUGCUUAGUGUUCUGGCGCCAGGGUCUGAAGGAUCGCAUGAACGUAGAGCAACGACCCACUGCAUUACCAUGGUAA